GAAGUCGCGAGAGGAGUCCAAGAUCGAGCGAGACGUUGAUGGAAGAUUGAGAGAACUGGCGGAAAAAUGCGGGGCAGUCCUGCGUUCUUCGCCAUAUUACUGGGCACGAUAUUCGGUGUCCUCGGCGCGUCCCUCAGCAAGGCGUUAAGGUACAAAGCACCGGACGAGUGCAAGUGGGUCGCGACCGGCGAUACCGAAGACGACGUCUCGUUGGUCUGUCGUCUGAGGACCAUCAACAGCGAGCUGGAGAACACCAAUUUUAGCGUGAUUCAGCCGCAACAUACCGUGCGCCUCAGGCUGGAAUGCAGCGACGCGUUGUUCUACCAAAGCUCGCUGAGCGCCGGGAGCUUCAGACCGUUGGUCGAGUUGCGAGAGCUCGUGAUAGAGUACUGUAAAAUUGGCAAUCUGUCGGACGACGCGUUCAAGGGGCUGAAAGAGUUGCGCAAUCUAACAGUGAGGACCCACAACACCGAUUGGUCGGCGAUGGCGCUCGACGUGUCGGCAGGCGCAUUCACAGACGAACUAAAGCAACUCGAGAAACUCGAUAUCGGAGAGAACAACAUGUGGAGCAUACCCGAGGGCGCUCUUUGCCCCUUGAUUAAUCUCGAGAUUCUCAACUUGACGAGGAAUCGGCUCAGAGAGGUCACGAGUUUCCGCUUCAACGGCGCUGCUAGAUGCCUCUCGAAUCUCAAGGAACUGGACUUGAGCAACAACAGCAUCGAAUCGUUGCCGACCGCCGCGUUCUCGGGACUCGCGAGGCUUCACAGCCUGGAUCUGCGAUGCAACGCCAUCAGUUUCAUGGCGGAUCGCGCGUUCGAGGGCCUCACCUCGUUGGCCAUCUUGAGGCUCACCGACAACCGACUCGCCAGCCUUCCGCCGGAACUGUUCAGCGACGCCAGGGAUAUCCAAGAGAUUCAUCUGAGGAAUAAUACGUUGAACGUGCUACCGCCCGGUUUGUUUAGUGAACUGUCGCAGUUGUUAGUGCUCGAUUUGUCGCAUAACGAGUUGACCGCCGAGUGGGUGAACGCGGCUACCUUUGGUGGUUUGGUACGUUUAGUGGUGCUGGAUCUUUCCAACAACCGUAUCGGUCGAUUGGAUCCGACGGUAUUCCGCGACCUUUACAGUCUGCAGAUCCUCCGACUGCAGGAAAAUCUAUUGGAGAGUCUUCCGGAGAACACGUUCUCCGCGCUCUUCAAUCUGCACACGUUGCUGCUCAGCAAUAAUCUCCUAACCGUUAUCGAUGCCACCACCCUGAGCGGACUCUACGUACUGAAUCUACUUUCGCUGGAUAACAACCGUCUGCACACGAUACAUCCGGGCUCCCUGAGAAAUGCCUCCUCCCUGCAAGAGUUCCACCUGAACCGUAACCAACUGCAGUCCGUCCCGGACGCGCUAAAAGCCACUCCCCUUCUGCGAACCCUCGACCUCGGUGAGAAUCUCAUUUCGGAGAUACCGACCGGCACGUUCGACCACGUGGCGCAGCUUUACGGGCUUCGAUUAACCGAAAAUCAUAUCGGAAAUCUCACGAAAGGCGUCUUUGAUCGUAUCAAGGAGCUGAAGAUAUUAAAUCUCGCGAUGAACCGCAUACAGUACAUCGAACCCGGCACGUUCGACGAGAACCUCAACCUACAAGCGAUCCGACUGGACGGCAAUCAACUGACGGACAUCGCCGGCCUCUUCACCAAUCUCUCGAACCUUGUCUGGCUGAAUGUCAGCGACAACAAACUAAAAUGGUUCGACUACGCGAUGAUACCGACCGGGUUGCAGUGGCUCGACAUCCAUUCGAACGAGAUACGAGAACUGGGCAACUAUUUCGAGAUCGAGAGCCAGCUACAGUUGAGCACCUUCGACGCUAGCGAGAACAAGCUCACCGAGAUCACCGGGAACGCGAUACCGAUGAGCGUGGAGUUGCUGUUCCUCAACGACAACCAGAUCUCCAAGGUGCAGAGCUAUUCGUUCUUCAAGAAGCCAAACUUGACGCGCGUCGAUCUCAAGGGGAACCAGAUUCGAAACUUGGAACCCUACGCGUUAAGAAUAAGCGCGGUUCCGCCGGACAAACCUCUCCCGGAGUUCUACAUCGGGGACAAUCAAUAUCUGUGCGACUGUACGAUGGAGUGGCUUCAACGGGUGAAUAGACAGAACCAAUCCCGAGUGCAACCACGCGUGAUGGACCUAGAGAGCAUCUACUGCGAGCUCCUCUACGACCGAGAGCACACGUUCGUUCCUCUGGUCGAGGCCUCGCACUCGCAGUUUCUCUGCAAGUACGAUAGCCAUUGUUUCGCUUUGUGCCAUUGCUGCGACUUCGACGCCUGCGACUGCGAGAUGACCUGCCCGCAGAACUGCACAUGCUACCAUGAUCAAUCGUGGUCGGCAAACGUGGUCGAUUGCUCGAACGGCGGUUACGUUAACAAGCUGCCAGAACGGAUCCCGAUGGACGCGACGCGACUCUAUUUAGACGGGAACGACCUGCGCGUCGUGUCCAGUCACGCGUUCAUCGGACGCAAGAAGCUCAAAGUCUUGUUUCUCAAUUCCUCCAACAUCGAGAUCGUGCAAAAUCGAUCGUUCAACGGGCUCCGAGACCUGGAGGAUUUGCAUCUCCAGGACAACAGGAUCCGCGAGCUACGGGGCCACGAGUUCGAGGGACUGGACGCGCUCAAACAGCUGCACCUGCAACGGAACCGUAUCUUCUCGAUCGGCAACGACACCUUCUCGUCGUUGCGGUCGUUGCGCGUCCUCCGACUCGAGAACAAUCGUCUGACUACGCUGGCCGUGUGGACGCUUCCCGGGUCCAUCGAGAUCGGUCUUUCCGGGAAUCCGUGGUCCUGCGAGUGCGACUAUUUGCAGAGUUACCGCGAGUGGAUCCGCGAGCCGAACGUGAGAGUGACGGACGCGUCCGCGUUGCGUUGCGUGUACAACGUGACGGAGUUCGAGGCGUUCGGUGACGAAGUGUUCGCGGACAACGAGUUUGGUUUCUUCGUGGCGAGCAACGGCGAUCGCGAGAAGAGCAACGACAGCGCGGUGUGCACGGGAGCGGCCAGCAUCGACAACGACGCGCACCGUAACUACACGAAGACCAUCAUCGAAAAGCAGGCAUUGCAGGAUUACCUUCCUCUUCUAAUCGCUACCCUGGUCGGUUCGCUGCUCGUCACUCUGCUCUGUAUGCUGGCGUUCGUGUUUCGACAAGAGCUACGAGUAUGGUUUCACUCGCGCUUCGGCGUCCGGAUAUUCUACAGAAAUAACGAAGUUGAUCGCGACGACAGGGACAAGCUAUUCGACGCAUUCGUCAGCUACAGCUCGAAGGACGAGGCGUUUGUGGCGGAAGAGCUCGCGCCGGUGCUCGAGAUGGGCAAUCCCUCGUACAAGCUGUGCCUGCACUAUAGAGACUUUCCUGUAGGCAGCUUCAUAGCGGACACCAUCGUCCAAGCGGUCGAGUCUUCGCGGCGAACCAUCAUGGUCCUUUCGGAGAACUUCAUUAAGUCCGAAUGGUGCCGAUUCGACUUCAAAUCUGCGCACCAUCAGGUGCUGAGAGAUCGAAGGCGCAGGUUGAUCCUGGUGCUGGUCGGUGACGUUCAUCAGCGGGAUCUCGACCCGGACAUACGCCUGUAUCUAAAGACCAACACCUACUUGCAAUGGGGCGACAAGCUGUUUUGGGAGAAGCUGCGGUUCGCGCUACCCGAUGUACCCAACAAUCAGAGGACCACGCAGAGGACGAGACAGCCGCCGCCGGUCCGACGGCAACACAACAGGACGUCCAACGGAUCCCGCACCGUCUCCGUGCACAUAUGAGACGGUGUUUUGUUCGUGUAGUUCUUUGCGCGAUCACGGUUCUUAUUCCGCGAGCCCUCGAAAGAUUCGCUCGCGACUUCCGGUACAGUGCAUUUCACUGCGGUGCAAUACGUGGCAUAGGUGCGACUAGAGUGUAAAUACAGCGAGGAUUUAUAUAUAUAUAUACAUAUACAUAUAUACAUAUGUAUGUUAACGAAAACGAAACGCGCGAAUGAAAGAAAAGUGUGAUGUAAAUAGAUAACGACGUAAAAGAGAAGUGAUUCUAUACACGUUUAAGGUGCUUCCUCGUGAAAAUGGGAUAAUACGAGACUUAGCGUCCCGGUGUCUGCACAGUGCAGCGAGUCAGUGAGUUGUUAAAUAGCUUAAAGUCGUUGUAAAUACGUCUCCGUAUUUCGUCUUCUAAGACUGUUCUCGGUGUCGAUCGAGCUCACACGGUUAAUUUAGGUAUGAAGCAGUGCGUGGGAAAUCUCGUCGUACGAGAUGUGCCAUGUGAAUCGUUUACUUUUGCGCGCCAUAUCGUGAAAAUAUCCGUCGUCGUCGAACGACGCCACGGACUUCGAGGAAUCGAACGAUUCUCGGACGCUCGCGACGUCUACUCGGUGCUUGUUCGUUCCGCUUGUGAACGAGCGAACGAUCGUGAAUUGUCGGCCGUAAAACCGUUCGAAGCGAUUCUGCGAGUUGGUCGAGACAACCCGAGAGAAUUCCUCGCGCGAACGACCCGUAAAUCCGCGAGACGAUGGACGAACGUUUCUUCGCGAUCGUGUUCGACUCGACGUCCGGUCGAUACACCCGGUGGCUCUGCGCGAGCACGCUGACAGUGAUACCACUUCCUAAUCGUAGCUAUCAAUGUAUAUUUAAUUGCACUUAGACCGGCUGACGGGCGAACUUCGUCCAUGUACGCGGAGUUUGCGUCUCGCUGACGCAAUGCUCCGACGCGAGCGCGACGAUUUGUAAAGUAUUAUGCGUGCGUCUCUAAUUCUUAUUUAUUUCAUCCUGAACGUUUAGGAGACUUCGCGUGUACUCGCGAGCGAUCGAUGCGAUUCCGUUCGGUUCGAGAUCACCAUGGGAAGUCUCCGUUUGAAUUCGGCAGUCCGAUUCUUCAUUGCCGCCGAAAUUUCCACUCGCAACAAACGAACGUUUCGUGGAAUCUAGCGAAAUUUCUGUGCCAGAGCUUUAUAUCUUGCCCUAGGAACGAUGAAUCAAACUCCACGUGCAAUUAGUUUCCCUUAACUGCGACCGUCGAAUUCAAAAUGCGCGUCACGCAAGGAAACUAAAGUACCGCUAUAAAUAAAUGAAAAUAUAAUGUACAAACGUGAAACAAUUUUCCUUUAAGCUU